UCGCAACCCUUCACAACUCACAACUCACAACUACAUAACAACACAUCAGUUAUCACCAAUCAAAUAUCCACCAGAAAGUUUUUUGAAUUGCCUAGUACUGUACUUCAUUGAGUAUUUCUCGAUGUUGGUCAAUCCUAGCGAUCACAGAACUUCUCUUCGUCAUGACCACCAGUCUUAAGCGCAAAGCUAGUCAAGAAUUAACUCAUAACUCGAUAGAGGUUACUGAGGUAUGUCCUGAUCUUGGAAAGGUUAAGGUAUUCAAGGAUAUGGGAGCUAACAUAUUCUUUUAGCCGAUUCAAGGGGAAGAAAUGUUCGAGACUAUAAUGGGCUGGUUUUUGGGUGCCCUGGAAUGGCUUCGUAGGAGGGUCGAUCCGUCAUACACAGAUAUGACCUAUAGUAAUAUUGAUGGUGAGCGGUGCAUUGCAAAUCAUAUUAUUAACUGUACUAAGGAUUCUUAACAGUAAUCACAGACGAACAUAUCCAGAGGGCAGAAGCGAGAGAAGACGGGUCCACGGCAGUCAAGCGGCAGAGAAAUAAAUCAAAGAAUCGCGCGCACACGAGAAACUCAUCACAUCAACGAAAAAUGACACCAACAAACGAGGAUCAAGUGGACGGCUUGUCGGAAGAAGAACUGAGAGCGAAGGCCGAUGCACAAUGGAUCCCGCCAGCGUUUGGUGCACCUACGAAACCAGUAGAACGAGAAGUCAUAGUCAUUUCAGAUGAUGAAGAUGAAGUCGAAGAGGACAGGCCAAGAUCAAUAGCGGAUGCGCUGCGAUCACAGCGUUCACCCAGAUCUCCCCCCAUCCGCCUACAACCGAUGAGACUACAGAGACGCACAUCUGCAGCCCAGGAUGGGAGUUCUUUACAUGAGCGUUUGGCCGAUUUAUUGACCCUAGAUGACGAUAAAGAGGAUGGGACUGGACGCUCGCCGUUUGCUAUCUCGACGCGAGCUCAAGAGAAAAUGAAGAGGGAUGCCGAAGCGCGCAAACUCAAGGAAAAACAAGAAAGGAUUCGAAUUGCGAAGGAACGCAGAUUGACACGGCGAGAUCCGUCGAAUCGCUUAGUACAUGCGUUGGAAGACAAGUGGGAGAACAUUAUACGUGAAGCUUUAGAUCGUGCGAGAAUGAACGGGAAUUUGCCAAUAACGGAAUCCCAGGGCGGCACUCCACUACAUUACAAGGAUUUUGGGACUCUACUCGGCAAAAACUCGUGGCUCAACGACGAGAUUAUCAACACUUAUAUAGAAUGGGUGGUAGAAGCUGCGAACGAGUUCGCUAAAGCAGAGGCAAAGGCUUUUGGUGAACCUGUAGGAAAGGUACCAAAAUUCAUAGCACACAACAGUUUCUUUUAUGAAAACUUGGACAAGAAAGGGCCCAGCAGUACACAGCGCCUGAUGAAUAGGAAAAAAGCGCCUGGGGCCUCCUUGCUUCAGGUUGACACUGUGUUUGUUCCUAUCUGCAGAGGUAGUCAUUGGACUGUAGGGGUGGUGAGGCCGAUAGCUAGAACUAUCGAGUAUUUCGAUAGUCUGCAAGGAUCUUCACACACAUUCACCAGACUGAUGCGUGGAUGGUUGAAAUUUCAACUCGGCGCGGAAUACAAAGAAGAUGAAUGGAAAACACCAAAUACCGGAUGUACUCGACAGAUGAAUGGCUAUGAUUGUGGAGUAUUCGUCUGUACAAAUGCUCUCUGUGUUGCUCUGGGUGUCAAUACGGAUUGUUAUAAUGGGACGGAUAUGGCAACCAUGAGAAGGAAUAUAGCUGCUGUCUUAAUAAAUAAGGGUUUCCAAGGGGAUUUUGCUUGGGGCCUAGGAGUAUUUUAACUGUAUCAGGCGUUUUUACGACAGGCGUUUUAGGAGGAACAAAGGAAACGAUACCCAUUUUGUGUUGUAUAAAAAUGGCAGGUUGCUGGAAGGUUUACAAAUGCAUUUAAUAGAUGGAUGGAGUCUUGGUUUAGGGAAAGAAGAGCCGAGGCAAUAAAGUUCAUUGGGUGAUGAUGGGUGGGAUGAGAUGGCUCGGAUGUUUAUGAUGACAUGAACAUAUGCAGAAGAUGGCAUGGUCUCAAAUUUUAGAUCCCAUCUGCCCUUGUGCCUGCUUAUAGUAGGUACUUACUACUUCACUUACAUAUGCUAGCUAGUAGGUGAAUCACAAUGGGGUAGGAUGGA